AUGGAAGGGUUGGCGGGAGAAGUGCAGGGGCCAUGGUUACUGGCAGGAGAUUUUAAUGUCAUCACCUGUAUUGAGGAGCGGAUGGGUGGGGCUCCGGCAAAUGUAACAAAUAUGGAGGAAUUCAAUGAGUCAAUUGGUAAGUGUGGUUUGGCCGAGGUCCCUUUUGAUGGCGCUGUGUUUACAUGGACGAAUGGUAGGAUGUGGCAGCGGUUGGAUAGGGCCUUAAUGAAUCGGGAGUGGGCGGAUGGAUAUGAGCUCUCGCAUGUCUCCCACUUGGCUAGGGGACGUUCGGAUCAUGCUCCGCUGCUGAUUUGUUGUCAGAAUGGGAGUCCCAGCAAACGGGCUUUCAAAUUUUUAAAUGUUUGGCGGCAUCAUUCGGGUUUUAAGGAUGCGGUGCACAAGUGUUGGCAGCAGCCGGCAGAGAGGGAGGGUAUGACGAAGUUUUAUAACAAGUUACGGGUGGUCAAGGGUGGGCUGCGUGUGUGGAACGCGCAGGUGUUUGGAAACAUUUUUAGUAAGGUGAAGGAGGCUGAGGCAAUUUUGAAGCAACGUGAGGACGAGUUUGACAAUGGGAGAGGUUCUGUGUCCAGGGCAGUGGUGGAGGAGGCAAAGGCGGCUCAUGCAAGGAGCUUGGCAACGGAAUGUGAAUAUUGGCGGCAGAAGGCGGGAAUCAAAUGGCUACAGGUGGGGGAUGCUAACACGGCUUACUUCCACUCUCGUUACCGUCAACGCCGAAAUGAUAAUUUUGUGUCUCGAAUCAAGGAUCCGGCAGGCCCAUGGUUGGAGGAUAUUCAUGAUAUCAGGAGGUCUGCAGUGGAGUUUGUGUCCUCUUUGUUUGAGUCGGAACAACAUGGGUGGCAUGCUCCGGGCCUUCCCUUUACGUUGCCUAAACUGUCGGCAGUGGAUAACGAUAUGCUGUUGGCGGUUCCAGGCAUGGAAGAAUUGCAGGAGGUGGUGCAUGGGUUGGAGGUUGAUAGUGCUCCUGGGCCUGAUGGGUUUGGAGCGGGUUUUUACCAAUCCUGCUGGGACAUUAUCAAAGCAGAUUUGCUGGAGGCGGUGCAGGCGUUUUUUCAGGGUAUGAGGUUGCCUAGGAGUUUUACUAGCACUUCUAUUAUUUUGCUACCCAAGAUUGCGGGUGCCAUGUACUGGAAGGACUUUCGGCCUAUUAGCCUUUGCAACACCUGUUCGAAAAUUAUCUCUAAGAUUGUGGCGAAUCGGUUGGGGAGAGUCCUCCCUGCGUUAAUUUCUCCAUGGCAAACUGGGUUUGUGUCUGGUAGGGGGAUAACAGAUAAUAUUCUUCUCACGCAGGAGCUGGUAGCGGAUUUAGAUCGGAGGUUGAGUCAUCCGAACCUCAUGUUAAAAUUGGAUAUGGAGAAGGCGUAUGACAGGGUCGAGUGGCCAUUCCUGUUGUUUAUGCUUCGGCAAUUCGGCUUCGCGGAGCAGGUGGUAGAUAUUUUCUUUCGGCUGGUGUCUAAUAAUUGGUUUUCGGUGUUGGUGAAUGGUGAGGCUGCGGGAUUUUUUAAGUCUUCACGGGGAGUUCGACAGGGGGACCCGGUCUCCCCUGGCCUCUUUGUGCUGAUAUCAGAAUUUUUAGGCCGGGGGCUGCAUCACCUUUUAAGUAAUCAGCCGGGCAGGAAUUUUGUGUCAGCCGGGACCCAGGUUCCGUACCUAGCGUUUGCGGAUGACAUGCUGGUCUUUACCAGGUGCUCAGAGGAGUGUCUGGCCGCAAUUAAGGUUUUUUUAGAAGAAUAUCAAGACGCUUCUGGUCAGAGGGUGAAUGUCACCAAGAGUUCUUUCUUGUUGCCGUCGGGGGCUUCUUCGGGGCAGGAGCAGCUGGUGAGGAGGAUCCUGGGUUUUCACAGGGGGGUUUUCCCGUUCACUUAUCUGGGUGCCCCUAUAUUUAAGGGUAGGCAGAGGAGUGUGCUUUUUGAUGGGAUUUUGGCGCAGAUGCGGGCUUUGCUAGGCCAUUGGAGCACUAAGCUGCUUUCUUUUGGGGGUAAGCUGGUUUUAGCGAGACAUGUUCUUGCGUCAUUGCCUAUGUAUUUACUACAGGUGGUAAAUCCCCCAAAGGCGGUGGUUACUCGGUUGGGGAUCAUUUGUAACACCUUCCUCUGGGAUCAGAGGGGGGACAGGCGGACUCAUUGGGCUUCAUGGGAUAAGUUGUGCUUUCCACUUGUGGAAGGGGGUCUGGGGUUUAGGUCGUUUAAGGACAUGGCUCGGUCUUUUUCGGCAAAGCUUUGGUGGCGGUUCCGGAAUGGUGAUUCCAUGUGGGCGGAAUUUAUGCAUGCAAAAUACAGUAAGGGGAGGCACCCUUCGGAGGCAUCAUCAGCUCGGGCUUCACCUACUUGGCGGCGGCUAGAGGCGAUUCGGUCGUUGGUGGAACCGCAUAUUCGGUGGAGUUUAGGUAAGGGCCUGGUGGAUUUUUGGAAGGAUAGAUGGGUCCUUCAUGAGCCGUUAGAGGAGGUUGUGGGUCGUCCUGAGAGGCCUCAUUUUCUUGUUGCAGAAUUUUUGACUAAUGAAGGCUGGGAUGAGGCGCGUCUUGCCAAGUGGGUUCCGGAUUUUGUGUUGCGUGCGAUCCAGGACAUACCGUUCGAUUUGUCGCAGAAGGACAGGUUGGUCUGGAUGCUUUCACCGUCGGGUUUUUUUUCGGUUAAGUCGGCUUGGGAGCUGCUUCGCCUUCGGAAGCCGCACUCCUUGGUCGAUUCCUUACUGUGGCCGUCGGCUUUGCCAGCAAAGAUGUCUUUUUUGGCUUGGAGAUUAGUGCGGAAUUUCCUGCCGUUGGAUGUUGUGUUACGGUCUCGAGGUUUGCCGAUUCCAUCUAGAUGUGGGUGUUGUUACCGGGAGGAGGAGGUGAGCUUGCAUGUUUUUUGCACUGGCCCGGUAGCUUCGCAAGUUUGGAGGAAAAUCUCUAGCCGGUUUGGGUUUAAGUUGGUGAAUUGCUCGAGCAUGGCGUCGGUGUUCAUAUCUUGGUAUUUCUCGUCUCCUUCAGUGUCAAAAAACCACAUUCGGGUGAUGAAGCCAAUUGUGGUUUGUUGGUUUCUAUGGGCUGCCAGGAAUCAGGAGCGAUUUCAGGGAGUGCGUUGGGAGGUGGACAGGAUAAUCCGCGAUGUGGAUGGGUUUUGGGAGCAGCUUGGAAGGGCAAAUAAGCUUCAACGGUCGCAUUUCACGGGGGAUGGGGAUUGUGAAUUGCUCCAACGUAUUAAAUCCCCUCCUAGGAGACGGGUUCCCUGUGCGGUUGCCUGGGAUAAACCGCCUUUUGGGGUGCUAAAAUUGAACUCGGACGCCAGUGUAAUCCAUGGUCAGGCCAAGGGUGGGGGUCUACUGCGUGAUUGUCACGGGAAAUUGGUCUUUGCGUACUACAAGGAACUCGGGGAACAGGAUGUUUUAGGGGCAGAAUGUAUGGCAUUAUUGUGUGGCCUUCAGUUGUGUUUACAAAGGGGGUUGUGGCCUUCGUUGGUGGAGGUGGACUCCAAGGCUUUGGUGCAGUUGGUGGGUUCUGGGGCGAGUGCAAGGUGGCCUUUGUGUAACGAUUUGCGGAAAGUGAGGGGCCUCCUGGAGGGUUUUUCCGCUUCCAUCUCACAUGUUUUUCGAGAGGCCAAUUUACCUGCAGAUAGAUUAGCUGUGGGGGGGCCAACUAGCGGUCAGGUGUAUGAGCAGGAGAUCCAGCUUCCGGCAAUGGUUAGGGCUGCUAUGGCGCUUGAUUCACGUGGAGUGCCGGGGUUGCGUUGGUGCUAUGAAGAAAGGUAG